AUGUCAGAGACACCGACAUCAGUCGCCAACGACAGCCUUACCGCUCAGGAUUCUCCUGCGCUUUCGAGCGCUCUUCAGCGUUCCAGUCCCGGCGCGGAUGCAUCUAAGGAGCCUGAGGCUACACCACGAGGCCGCCAGCUUUGUCGGUCCGCACAACGCGCUUCAAAGCGCCGAUGCUCUGCCUCGCCGCGCCCAACCAAACAACAACUUCUCUCGCCAGCAUCGUCAUAUGCGUCAGCACUUACGGCCAUCCCAGCCAUCGGGAAGUGGACCGUCGCAGGCUUGCGUCAAGCUUUGGCCAAGCGGGACGUCAUCCCCAGUAAGCGGCACAGCAAAGCAGAGCUGUACAGCCUAUACUCCUCUUUGCAGACAGAGGCCCCGCCUUCGACCGCAGAGGAGACGAACCAGGAUCCCGGAUCGUCUCGAGCGCAGCCAGGCCCUUCCACUUCGACAGCGAGGCAACACUCCCAACCACCAUGCCGCCGCAGCAGGCCGUCUGCAAGUCUGGGUCGCGCCCCAGAGGAGCAGCUUUUGCCGCCAGCCGCCUUCCAGCUCAGUGAUUUGGAGGAAUCGUUUCCGGCUCCAAAUUUCCACAGCUACCAGGACAACGCGAGCCGGCCGUCAAGGGCUGUUCGACAAUUUAUCAACCCCUCCCCCCACAUCACUCCAAGCUCCUGGCCAGCGGCUCCGCAGAUAACACCUAAUGCGAGGCUGCCUCCGUUAGCAUCCCAGGCCCAGGUUUUAGGUUUUCCUCCCCUCACCCAAGGGUACGGCCCGUUCUACUUCCCUCAGGCCCCUGCCAUGGAUGCCGCUGCUAACGUGAGACUGCCUCCGCACGCCCAAGUUUCUCACUGGCUACAGCAACAUCCAUGCCGGUGCCAUGCACCCCCCGUCUCCACAAGCAUCAGGACGCAGAUUUUGGCAGAUGCGGACAUAGAUUUAUUUCAACUUCUAUCACCACUUUCACCCCCGUCAGCAGAUCGGCAGAUUUCUUACGGCGACUUUUCGUUUACUUUCAAGAACGCAUCCCACAGUCACUCCCGCACUCUGUCCUUCUUAGAAUUCACAAUGGCAUUUUCCCGUUUCACUGACGUGGUAUGCACGGUGUUCCCUCACAGGAGGCGUGAGCUCGGCGACUAUCUCGCCAUAGUCGCGGAGCUCGCGCUUUCCUACGGGGGGGCACAUUUUUACACGUAUCACAAGCUGUUUUCAGCAAAAUGCGCCAUAAGGGUGGCUCAGUGGAACCAGUGCCCCUACUGGGGAGCACUGGACACUGAGCUCCACAACAGGGUGUUUUUGGGCGUACAAAAUAUAUCUUGCGCGGUGUGCCGCUUCGUAUCACACAACACCACAGCUUGUCCCCUGGUCACUCCCGCCAUUCUCCCUGGCAAAACUAUGCCUCCUCCCGUUUCCACCGCCCACGUCCCGCGCCUGCCAAAUCGCCAAGCCUUCCCAGUCAAGCCUGACACCAUCAACACCUCAGCUUACGAGGUUUGCAGAAGCUUCAAUGCAAACAGGUGCACAAGGCAACGCUGCCGGUACCUACACGCUUGCACUUAUUGUGGCGGCGCCCACGCGCGCAUAGUUUGCCCAGUCAGUAAAGCAGACAAUAAACAAUCUAACAAAUAUCUCUCGACUCCUGUCAAUUUUUUACACCUAGCUUCCGAAUUAUCUCUCCACCCUGAUCAUGCAUUCACAGAUUACCUUUUAAACGGUUUCUCUCGAGGCUUCAAUCCCGGCAUUAUAAGCCCACUUUCCCACAGCCUUAUAUGCCCUAAUCUCCAGUCGGCACUCGCCGAACCCGAAACCGUCGAUCUCCUCAUCAAAAAAGAGAUUGACGAUAAAUUUAUGAUCGGCCCUUUUUCCGCCCCACCGUUUCCUGUUUUCCGCGUCAGCCCCAUCGGCGUCGCCACGCGAAAAUUUUCGGGGAAAAAGCGCCUCAUAUUCGAUCUCUCGUCCCCCCACGGCUCCCCCUUUCCAAGCAUCAACAGUUUAAUUCCGCUCGAAGAAUUCGCUUUACAUUAUCACGAUAUUGAGCAAGCCAUCACUUUGAUUAAAUUGGCCGGACGCGGCGCCUGGCUAGCCAAAGUCGAUAUCACCUCCGCAUUCAAAAUCAUGCCGAUACAUCCAAAAUUUUGGCACUUGUUCUGCAUCCGUUGGCGUGAGAAAUUCUAUUUUUCUGUACGCCUCACUUUCGGAUGCAGAAGUAGCCCAAAGAUUUUCGACAUGUUGUCAGAGGCAAUCUGUUGGAUUCUCUCUAACAACUACGCCAUCCCUUACCUCAUACAUCUAUUAGACGAUUUCUUAAUCAUCUCGCCGCCCGAUUCCGUCCCGGCAGCACAUCUUUCCAAAGUCCAAGAAGUCUUAGCGAAACUCGGCAUCCCUCUCGCACAAGAAAAAACAGCGGGACCCAGCACGUCCAUCGAAUUUCUAGGCAUUAAGCUCGAUACGCUCAAAUUCCAAGCUUCUCUGCCAAAGGAAAAGAUCGAUAGGACGAUUUUGAUCGCUUCAUCCCUCAUAGACACGCCGUAUUGCUCUAAACGCGAGCUACUAUCAAUUCUCGGCCACUUAAAUUUCGCGAUGCGCAUCAUCCCGCAAGGUCGCCCGUUCGUCGCGCAUCUCUUUUCCCUCGCAUCUUCCGCUCACGCACUAGAGGAUUCGAUCCAUAUAACCAGCUCUUGCAGCGACGAGCUCAGUCUAUGGAUCAAAUUCCUCAAGCAAUGGAACGGAAUGUCUUUCUUUUACAACGACAUGGUCUCUCUCCCUGUCGACAUAUGCCUAUUUACCGACGCAGCUCCUUCCGUCGGUUUCGGGGGAUUUUACCAAGGCCGCUGGUUCGCGUCCACAUGGCCCCCCCAGCUCAUAAGUCUACCGCAGCCUCUUGCGUCAUCAGCACUUUUUGAGCUGUACCCACUUGUCGUAGCAGCAUAUUUAUGGGGGAAAGAAUGGUCCGCUUCCAGCAUUAUAGUCCACUGUGACAAUGAAGCAACGGUACAUUGCAUCAACAAAGGCCGCUCCCAUUCACCCGCCUUAAUGCCUUUUCUCAGACGCCUUAUAUGGAUCUCAGCUUGCGAGCAGUUCAUUCUGACUGGCAAACACGUCCCCGGGUCCAAAAACCAGAUAGCUGACGCCCUUUCCCGCUUUUCAUUUCAGAAAUUCAGGCUGCUGGCGCCGGACGCGGAUCCCCUACCAACGCCUGUCCCUCCAUAUUCGGAAUUAAUCUUCAAGUGAACCACCCUCUAAAAGCCAUGCUAGACGCCUCCCUCAACUCCAUCA